CGUAUGAUCAAGGCAGUAAAAGAUUCAUUGGUUUAUGUACGUUUCCUGGGCACACCGGCAUGGCAAAGAAAGCAUUGGUCAUUGCAUUAGCAGGAAUCACUACUCGAUGGAAGUAUGCUGUGGCAUAUUAUCUCACAAAUAAGACUGAUUUCGAAGCCAAACUAACAGACUGCAAUCCUACAGGAAAUGCAUUAAAAGAUAUUAUCAGUAAGAUUAUUGUAAAAGCUGAGAACAUUGGUCUGAAAGUUGCAGCUGUAAUUUCAGACAUGGGGUCUGACAAUGUCUUUGUGGAAAGCUUGGAAUGUUGGAUGCCAUCGAAACAGUGAAAUAAGAUGCAGCAUCCCUCAUCCAGCACGACCACAAGACAGAUUAUAUAUCAUACCUGAUCCUGUGCAUGUAUUUAAAAACAUCCGUUCCAUGUUGGAGAAUCAGGAAAUUAUUUCUUUGCCUCAGUCUAUUGUAGAGUCUCAAGGCCUUAGCCAUCCUUUUGUGGAAGUAAAACACAUAGAAGAAUUACUGCAUCACGAAAAAAAGUUUGAAUUUAAGAUUGCCAACAAAUUGAAAGAGUCUAGUCUCCGGGUAAAAAAUCACUUUUCCGCAAUGAAAGUGUCCACAGCAAGGUCCGUCAUUUGUCGAAGAACAGUAAUUGGCCUCAAUGUCUAUGCAAAGACAACAGCAAAUUCAAAACCUCUCACUACAGCUUUCUUUAUUUCUCUUGUACAGCAUUGGUUUGAUCUUGUCACCAACAGAAGUAGUAAGUUGGCUCUUAGUAAGAAAAAUGAGGAUGCAUAUAACAAAGCUAUUGAGCAUCUGCAAUUCACGGCGCACGUAUUCCAACAUAUGAAGAUUGGUACAAAAGGUCACUGGAAACCAGUCCAGACAGGACUACUCAUGGUAGUUGAAUGUCUACUGUUGCUGCAGAAUUAUUUUUUGAAUGAAGUUGGCCUCCCAUUUUUGUUACUUGGCCGCUUCACUCAGGAUUUUCUGGAAAAUCUUUUUUCUCUUUUGCGUUUCAGACAGCCUGUUCCUAAUGCUAUACAUCUGAAACAUAAUUUGAAAAUAAUUACCUUGUCACAGUUGUGCAAUAAUACCAAGAGAAACACCAACUAUGAGAGAGAUGUUGAUAAUACUGAAGUUGAAAACAUUAAGAACGAUUUCCUGCAGUAUUCUAAAACUUUAGUAAUCGCACGACAACGUGAAGAAAACUUAAAUGCAUUUUUCGAAACAUGUUCCAUUCAUGUACCACAGGUGACUGGUAAUCAGAUGCAUAGCAUUGAUACAUGGGAAUGGCCAAUAAUAUAUGACAUAGCUGGAUCAGUUGUGCAUAGUAUAAAAUGCACAAACAUGACCGUCUGUGAUAACUGUUUCACAAGUGUACUCUGGAAGGGUGAAGGGCAUCAUCCUUAUUCCUUUAUUGUUAAAAUGAGAAGUUACAAAGAAAAUAGUCUUCUAUGUGUAUCAGAUUCCUGUUUUAAAGCAAUUUUGAAGACUGAAAUCACCUUCCGAAAUUUGGCAGACACACUUAUUCAACUAAAAGAUAUGAACAUUGUGCAGUUUCUAACAGCAGAGGUACAAUAUGUCUGGAAAGGAGCAAAUAUACCUUUAUGCCAUAAUAUCAGAGUACCAAAAUCCUGAAGAGGUUUAUCACAAUGCGAUUGCGAAUACAUGGAUUAAACAGAGGAAAAGAAUGUGCUGAAAUGAACAUUGAACGUAGUUAUAACAGUAAGACUAUAGCCAGGUUUACUACUAUUAAUUGAUUCGAAACAUGCAAUAAACAUAAGUGCAAUAAAGGUAGUUUUAGCAAUGUGUAAUAAAAAUAAUGUUCCUUAUAACUACAGGAAUUGGUUGUUUAACUCGUUACAAAACAAAAGUUAUUUAAAUAAGUAUACACAAAUACAGAUUAAUUUUUUUUUAUUUCUUAUGAUGUCCAAAUAUUAAUGCAAGUCAUUGUAUGAUUAUAAUUUAAUAAAUAUACA